GCUUGGAGACUAAUAAAAAACAACUUAAACAAACUGUUGUUAGUUUAUUAAUCUUAGCGUUAUGUGUGAAAUCUGUAGUUAGUAGUAGCUGAUGUGGUCUUCCAAACGGCAGACGGCAGUAGAGUAGCUAGCUACAGAACAAGACGAGAAGUUGUUUUUAAACGUCACUACCUGUUGGCUACAGCGUGUGGUUGCGUGCUUAAAAGGAAAAUGUCAGCGGACAGCAGAACCGAAGACUACCCUCACGAGAUAGACGAACAGCUCAAAUGUUUCGACUCCUCAGUUUCUUCUGUCAAAACCAUGUUGGAGAAGUUGAUGUCGAUGCCGAGGAAUGACCUGCUCCAAAAGCUGGACCCUUUGGACCAAGCCAAGUUGGAUCUGAUGUCUGCCUACACUCUUAAUUCAUUAUUCUGGAUGUACUUGGUUACACAAGGUGUAAAUCCCAGAGAACAUGGAAUCAAACAGGAAUUGGAGCGAAUAAGGACGUACAUGAACAAAGUGAAGGAGAUUACUGACAGGAAGAAAGCUGCCCGUCUGGAUAAGGGGGCUGCUGCACGCUUUGUCAGGAAUGCUCUGUACAAUGCCGACGAAAAAGAUUCUAGAAAAAAAGCAGCAUCAAAGAAUGCAGCAGACAGAAAAUCUGACACCCCGCAGUCAAAGCGUCCAAAGCAGAGCUGAAGUAGAGGAGCAGCUGUACAGUCUGGUCCCACUGCAUUUUGUACCUCUUUGGGGAUAACAAACACUUUUUGUUCACAAGGCAGCUUCUCAAGUUGUGUUACGGGCAUCAAACAAGGCAACAUGACACAUACGACAAAAUGCACAUUGGUGUUCAUCUGGUUUGCUCACCAGUCAGAUUGCAGCAUUCAUGUUGCUGGAUGUACCAAAACACAAGACUGAUUGCUGUCUACGAUCCACCAUCCCAGGUUUUUCUGAACAUUCUGUUGCUCCAGAAUUUAAUAGACUUGAGUCUGUAAUACUUUUUGUAAUGUUACUUCACCAUUGAGUUGUAAAUCUUCCUCAGGAUUCUAUAACCUUGAAAAGUCUUAUUUCAUUAAGAAAAGUGAGUAAAAUCCUGGUCCAUCCAGUUAUUGAAAUGUCAUUUAGGAAUGUUUUAUUCCUUUUUUCUGAUAAAUGAGAAUUUCGCUGUAUUUUUCUAUGAUUCUAUGAAUCAUGUCGUUUUGAGGUGUUUUUACACAUGUGCAAUGUGUCAAAAUUGAUUAAAAACCUUUUUUUGCAAUG